GAGGGGCUCUCCCGAUCUGAGCCGCUGGCAGCCUUCAAUGGAAGGCGCUCCAACCCACAGAGGGAGGCCUGGGUUCAAACUCCACUUCAGCCACUGAGCCAUUGAUCUUUGAAGGUCUUGCUUCUUUUUGGGCCCAGUGUCCUCUCUGAUGUCCUAAGCUUGACUCGUCUGUGGGAAAUUACUGUGUGAAGGUGUCUGUGGAUGCCAUGCAGAACACAGGAUAGGGAGGAGCAGCGGUCAGCAGUGUUUGUGGUCCUCUUUGCUCUCAUCACCAUCCUCAUCCUCUACAGCUCCAACAGUGCCAACGAGGUCUUCCACUACGGCUCCCUGAGGGGCCGCGUGCGUCGGCCCGUCAACCUCAAGAAGUGGAGUUUCUCCAACGCCUACUUUCCUAUCCUGGGAAACAAGACGCUGCCCUCCCGGUGCAAUCAGUGCGUGAUCGUAACCAGCUCCAGCCACCUGCUGGGUACCAAACUGGGCCCUGAAAUUGAGCGGGCCGAGUGUACCAUCCGCAUGAAUGAUGCGCCCACCACUGGCUACUCGGCCGACGUAGGCAACAAAACCACCUUCCGCAUAGUGGCCCAUUCCAGUGUGUUCCGUGUGCUGAGGAAGCCCCAGGAAUUCGUCAACCGAACCCCUGAGACGGUGUUCAUCUUCUGGGGUCCCCCAAAAAAGAUGCAGAAGCCACAGGGCAGCCUCCUGCAAGUUAUCCAGCGGGCGGGCCUUGCGUUCCCUAACAUGGAGGCCUAUGCCGUCUCUCCCGCCCGUAUGCAGCAGUUUGACGACCUCUUCCGGGGUGAGACGGGCAAGGACAGGGAAAAAUCCCAUUCCUGGUUGAGCACGGGCUUUUUUACCAUGGUGAUUGCGGUGGAGUUGUGUGACCAUGUGCACGUGUACGGCAUGGUCCCUCCCGACUACUGCAGCGGCCCCGCCUGCAGCGCAUGCCAUACCACUACUAUGAGCCCAAGGGGCCCGAUGAGUGUGUCACCUACAUCCAGAACGAGCACAGCCGGAAGGGCAAUCACCACCGCUUCAUCACCGAGAAGAGGGUCUUCUCAUCCUGGGCCCAGCUCUACGGCAUCACCUUCUCUCACCCCUCCUGGACCUAGCCAUUCAUCCGUGCAGUCUCGGAGAGAUGCAGGCAAAGUGGCUCUGGUUCAACCAUUGACCAUGGCCAUCUUCCAGCCAGUCUGGGCUGACUGGAGUAUUUCCCAGCCAAUCAAAUCAGGGCCUUGAUGGGGUUUUUCCUCCAGCCAAGCAGGGCUGGGGUUAUCUCUUGGUCAAUCAGGGAUUUGGAAUUCUGUAUGGUUUAAUCAGGUGUCAGGGGGUCUUUCUUGUCUAGUCAGGGUCUGAGCAUAGUCAAUCAGGGUAUAAGGGUCUUGCUGAGUUAGUCUGAGGCUUAGGUCAUGUCCUUUCCCAUAGGCCUUGCAUCAGAGCCCCAGGAAUCGGCCCCAUAUCAUCCCCUCCUUAGCUGGGACAAAGAGGUCCUGUCCCAAGGAUCUGGGGACUUUGUGUUGCCCCACAGUUCUGGAAUCAAAGAUACUAUAUGGGGUAGGAGCUGUCAGGAGGCUAGGCCAGAGACUUUGUGGAGUUCUAGAAAUGGUAGGGAAGGCUGGGAGGUAGGAGGCGGGUGUCCGGGUCCUGGCUUCUUCCUGAGUGACCUUGGACAAGCCCUUCUCUCUUUCUGGCAUGAUGCGAUAUCACAUUCCUGUGUGCAGACAGAGACCCUUACUCCACCCCAGCUAUCAUUGUCACUGGGGGACUCAGCUCCCUGGGGAUGGGAGCCUGGGGUGCCCUUCCCCACCUCCUAGACACGUCAGGGUGUUCUUGUGUAAAUGCCCUUAUGGUUGAGGAACUCUGAGGAAGUGGGGCAAACACGCACCUGUUUUCUCAGCCCCUCUCAGUCCAGCUGCCAUUAGCCUGGCUCUCAAAAUGCCAGGCGUCUCUUCCUGCCCUGCAGCAGGUGAGUGUUCCCUCUGCCCAAAGGAGCCUUUGGAAUGGAGACCGGGUCUCCCAGCCACACCAGGGCAGCCUUUGUUUAGAGAUGCUGAGGGCUUUGGGGAGAAGUGCCCCCCACCAAGUUUGGAAUGGGAAUAGAGAGAGACAGGAGCUGGGUUACCUGGGUUCUGUCCCCUGCUCAAGCACUUUACUAAAGUUGGGCCUGGGUGGGGUGUGUUUAAGGCCCACUCUUACACAGCCUGCAAGCGAAGGCCUUCCCAGCGGAGGCUGUGGAGUGUCUGUGUACGAGGGUGGGGGCUGGCCAGCUCUGAGUCCUCGCACGCUGGGGUAAUGGGGGUCAGCGACAGCCCCAGAGAUCUGGUUUUGUAAUGAUUUAUACAGAAAUAAACACACCUAAGCCCCA